CUCCAGCUGGUGGUGGACACGGUCCAUGAGCACAAGGCCUCGGUGCAAGAGGAGCUGGACACAGCCAAUCAGCAGAAGGAGAAGCUGAGCCAGAUGAUCACUGACCUGCAGGCCUCUUUGGACUCGAGCUCCGAUGCGCAAGCGUCUGCCCUGCUGGACGCCAAGUCUGUUCUGAGGCAGGUAGAGGAGGAGAGGGAUGCGCUCACGGCACAGCUGGAGGAGAUGAGGGGCAGGAGGGAAGAGGCCGAAGCUCAGGGCAAGGAGACCACUCUCAAAAUGCAAGAGCAGCUUGACAAGGUGGUGUCCCUGGAGGCGGAGUCUCGCGACCUCAACAGUCAGCUGGAGGAGAAGGCGGGUCUCCUGUCGGCCCUGGAGGGAGAGAAGGUCACGUUUGAGGUCAGGAUGGCUGAGCUGGAGGAGCACAGAGACGGUUUGGAAAAAGAAAAGUUGGAGCUGAAGGCAGAGAUUGAGGAAUGGAAGGAGAAAGUUGAAUAUGAAAAACAGCCCAACAUUGCUUUCGAGCGGGAGAACGAGGAGCUCAAACAAAAGAUCACAGAGCUCUCCGAGUCGUUAGAAAACGAGCGUGUGCUCACGAAGGAGCAGAAGGGCGAAAUGAACGAGUUAACCUCGAAGUUUUCGGAUCUAGAGGCCUGCAUGCAGGAAUCCGCGCGGGAUCUGGAGCAAACCAAAGAAAAGCUGAGCUCUGUGGAGCGGGAGAAAGUGUCCUUGGACCAGGAGCUGGAGGCAGCCAAUGAGAAGCUGGGGCAGCUACAGCAGACCAAGGAUCAGCUGACCAGCGAGACGCACACGCAGGAACAGGAAGUUGCCUCCCUGAAGACGGACCUCUCCGACGUCCACUCACAGCUGUCCAGCGUUCGCUCAGAGCUGGACGGCAGUUCGCUGCAGUUGGAGGCGCUGAAGGAGGAGCUGGGCGGGGAAGUCUCGCGUUUGCAGGACAAAGUAGAGGCUCUUUCUAAGGAUCUUUCUGACAAGUCAGCCAGCCUUGGGAAAGUGACGUCUGAGCUUGCCUCGGCUAACAGCGAGAUUGAGGGGUUGAAAUCCUCUCUCGAACAGUCUGACCAGUCGAAUCGUGACCUUGAGCUGCAGGUGAAGCAGCUGACACGAGAGCUAGAUGUGUCGAGGGAUGGACAGAGCGAGAAAGGGAAGGAGUUUGAGGAGAAGACGCAGUCGCUUCUCUCCCAGCUCUCCGACCUGGAGGCUGAGCUGUCAGAGCAGCAGCGGCUGUCCAGCGAGCAGCAAGCGUCGGUGAAUGAUCUCACGUCCAAGCUUCAGCGCAGCGACGAGCAGCUUCAGAGUGUGACGGAGAACUCCUCCAAACUUCAGCUCGAGCUCGAAGCUUCUCGGUCCCAGCUGAAGGAGAAAGAAUCGGAAUACCAGCGGUCUUCCGAGGGGCAGAGAGCCUCUAUUACGGCUCUUGAGUCUCAGCUGCAAGCUAAGGAGGGUGAGGUCUCCGAGGCGACGGGCGAUGUGGAAAAACUUCGGGCAGAGCUGGAGGAGUCCCGGCGAGAGGCGAAGGAGAAGGGUGAUAAGCUGCAGAGUGUUCAGGACAGUCUCCAAAGUGUGUCUAGUGAUAAUGUGAGUGUGAAACAAGAAUUGACUUCUGUGUCCGCGGAGCUUGAAAAAUUGAGAAAGUUGUGCGAAGACAAAGACGAAGCGCUGAGAGUCGUGAAAGAAAGCAGUGGUCAGUCCGUAGAAUCUCUCACCGUGAAUUUGACAGAAGUUCAGCAGGAGCUGGACAGUGUGAAUAAGAAAAACGAACUCCUUAGUGCAGACUUGACCAGUGUGAAUGAGAAGAAUGCUGAGUUGCAAAAUGUGUUAGAAAGCAAAGAUUUGGAACUCUCUACAUUCAAAACGAACUGUGAGGAGCUUCAGAGUCAGAUUGAAAGUGUGUCUUCUGAUUUGGAAUCGUCCACCACCAAAGUGUCUGAGUUCAAAUCUCAGAACGAAUCUCUACAGCGACAGAUCACCGACUACAGCCACAAACUGACCAGCAUGUCGGAUUCUCUCGACGAAGACGCGCGCCAGACGCAGGCUGUCCUGGAGAGGCUCCGGGAAGAGAAGGAAACUUCGGACACCCUGGUGGCCUCCCUGGAACGCCAGCUGGUGAGCCUGGAGGGGGAGCUUCAAGCGACGCGGGGCACCACCUCGGAAAAAGACGUUCAGGUGAACGUGCUGAGUGCGGAGCUGUCGGAGGAGCGCGAUCGGGCAGACGGGCUCCAGCUAGCUCUACAGAAGCUCCAGGCCGACGGGGCACGCCAGGACCAGCAGGUGAGGGAUUUGUGUGAGAGUAAUCAGCUUGCCUCUCAGGACGUUUCUCGUCUACAGACCUCGCUCAACUCUGUCCAGUCAGAAAAGCAUGCACUACAAGCCUCUGUCGAAUCUAUAACCGCAUCACUCCAUCAGCAAUCUUUGCAUGUUCAGUCUCUUUCAGAUCAGUGUGCCCAAACCGAAAAAUCCCUCACAGAAAAGUCACAGGAAUGCUCGGAACUUUCACAAACUGUAUUAUCUUUGCAGACCUCACUAGAUUCUAAGCAUGCAGAAUUCGUUUUGAAAUGUGAAUCACUGGAUAGUUUGCAAGAAAAAUUUGACUCAGAGCAUGAACAGUUAGUGUUGCGUACUAAUAAGCUUGAUAACGUAGAAAAAGAAUGCAGGCAUGCCAAAGAACAAGUAGAGUCACUGAAGUUAAGUUUAGAGCAAGAGCACAACAGUUUUAUGUCUCUGUCUCUGCAGGCAGAAACGCUUCAGCGAGAUUUAGAUGCGAGUAAAGAGGAGGUCUCGCGACUCACGGGCGUGCUAAAUACACAGCAGACGCAGUUAGAGACUGUCACUCAGCAGUCGUUUAGUGAGCAUUCCGUCCUGCAGCAGCAAGUUCUGUCCUUGACCUCUGAACUUGGAGAGAAGCAGAUGCUGGUCACCGACUUGCACGGCCAGGUGGGCAAGCUGAGUGAGCAGACGGAGAGACUGGCGGAACAGCUGAGCGCUGAGGGAGAGGAGCUGGAACGUGUGAGAGGGCUGCUGGCGGAGAAGUCUGGGCAGAUGGACGCUUUGUCUGCCGAGAAACAAGAGCUGGAGGGGAAGCAUGUAGACUUGGGCGAUGAGCUGAAGAAAAGUAGGGAAGAAACGGAGAGGCUGGCUUCUCAGCUGUGUGAUAGUCAUAUGCAAAUGCAGAACUCAGAUUCUUUGGUGGAAAGUUUGCAGGCUGAACUGAAAAGUAAACAAAGUAAUCUAGAGCAGGUGACUGCUCAGCUUAGCGAAGAGAAGCUAAAAGGUGAUGAAAUCUCUGGGAAGCUCGAAUUGUCGUCUGAAAACUUGAGGAGUAUGAAUGCAUUGUUGGAGGCAAAAUCGUCUGAAAUAGCUGGUUUACUCUCUCAACUGAAAUCCCUCACCUCGGAAAAGAACUCGCUUCAGUCGCAUCUUCAGGCACAGUCAGAGCAGCUGGAGGAGACGUGCGCCCAGGUCGUGGUCUCCGCCUCUGAGGUUGUCGAUCUGAGGCAGGAGCUCGAGGACUCAGGAGAACGUCUGACAGACUCCCAGGGGGCGCUGGAGACGUCGCGUGCAGAGCUGAGCAACUACAGAGAACUGCUUCAGCAGACACAAGCCAAUCUGGAAGAGGCCUUGACCUCGAAAGAGGCGGCACAGCGCGACCUCAAGACUCUGGCCGCGUCAGGGGACCAGAAGGAGGAUGAGCUCCGCACCAGUUUGCUAGCUGUCCAGCAGGAAGUGACCUCACUCCAGGAACAGUUGGAAUUGGUGAAAGUCGACCAUCACACUCAGGUUGAAAGUCUGGAAAUUGCUUUGACCACUCUCAAGUCAACAUACACAGAGGAAGUUGAUGAGCUGAAGAGCUCUAUAGAAAGGGAUGCUGAAGAAAUGUCUAAAGUUAAUGAAAAAUUGAGUAUCUCUGAAACAGAAAAUGAAACUUUAAAAGUUGAGGUGCAAGCGUUGACUGACAAAGUGACAUCCUCUGAAGAAUUGGUCACUGUGAAAAACUCUGAACUAGAAACUCUGAUGUCUCAGUUGGAGUCUGUGAGAUCCGACCACCACGCUCAAGUGGAGGGUCUGGAAAUGGCCCUGACCACCCUAAAGUCGACGUACGCCGAUGAAGUGGACGAGCUGAAAGCUGUGGGAGCAAGUGAGAAGACAGAGGCCAUGUCGCGACUGGAGUCACUUAGCAAAGAAAACAGCGAUUUGCAAAUUGAGAUUGGUGGGUUGAAAGAUUCUCUGUCAGAGAGGAGUCAUGAAAUGUCAGAACUAAAAGAUUCAAAUGACAAAACCGUGAAAGAGCUUUUGGAAGCUUCUGAAAAGUUAAGUGUUUCUGAAAUGGAAAUUGAGAACCUGAAACUUGAAGUGCAAACCUUGACAAAUAAGGUAACAUCUGCGAAAGAAUUGGUCUCUGUUAAAAAUUCUGAACUAGAAACUUUGAUGUCUCAGUUAGAGUCUACGAGAUCCGACCACCACGCUCAAGUGGAGGGUCUGGAAAUUGCCUUGUCCACCCUAAAGUCAACGUAUGCCGAUGAAGUGGACGAGCUGAAAGCUGUGGGAGCCAGUGAGAAGACAGAGGUCAUGUCGCGGCUGGAGGCGGUGGAGAGAGAGAAGGAGGAGCUACAGGCAGAGCUAGAAGAGAGAAGUUCUGAGCUGGGAGUGGAGCGUCGUGUGGCAGAGAAACUCAAGACCAAACUGGAGAGGAAGGACGAGGAUUUGUCCCGAGCUUGUGAGGAGAAAGAGGCGGUGCUGACACAGAAAGGAGAGGACAUUGCUAGAUUGAGCAGUGAGAUGAGGGAAGAGAGAGAAAAGUUAAGCAAGGAAAACAGUGAUUUGCUGAAAAGUAUUGAUGAGUUGCAAAUUUCCCUUUCCGAAAGAAGUCAUGAGAUUUCAGAACUAAAGGAUUCCGAUGAGAAAACUAAGAAAGAACUUUUGGAAGCAAUUGAAAAGUUGAGUUCCUCUGAAACAGAAAAUGAAACUUUAAAAGUUGAGGUGCAUGCAUUAACUGUCAAAGUGACAUCCUCUGAAGAAUUGGUCACUGUGAAAAACUCUGAACUAGAAACUCUGAUGUCUCAGUUGGAGUCUGUGAGAUCCGACCACCACGCUCAAGUGGAGGGUCUGGAAAUGGCCCUGACCACCCUAAAGUCGACGUACGCCGACGAAGUGGACGAGCUGAAAGCUGUAGGAGCCAGUGAGAAGACAGAGGUCAUGUCGCAGCUGGAUGCACUUAGCAAAGAAAACAGCGAUUUGCAAAUUGAGAUUGGUGGGUUGAAAGAUUCUUUGUCAGAGAGGAGUCAUGAAAUGUCAGAACUAAAAGAUUCAAAUGACAAAACCAUGAAAGAGCUUUUGGAAGCUUCUGAAAAGUUAAGUGUUUCUGAAAUGGAAAUUGAAAACCUGAAGCUUGAAGUGCAAGCCUUGACAAACAAGGUAACAUCUGCGGACGAAUUGGUCACUGUGAAAAACUCUGAACUAGAAACUCUGAUGUCGCAGUUGGAGUCUACGAGAUCCGACCACCAUGCUCAAGUGGAGGGCCUGGAAAUGGCCCUGACCACCCUAAAGUCGACGUAUGCCGAUGAAGUGGACGAGCUGAAAGCUGUAGGAGCCAGUGAGAAGACAGAGGUCAUGUCACGACUGGAAGAGGUGGAGAGAGAGAAGGAGGAGCUACAGGCAGAGCUAGAUGAGAGAAGUUCUGAGCUGGGAGUGGAGCGUCGUGUGGCAGAGGAACUCAAGACCAAACUGGAGAGGAAGGACGAGGAUUUGUCCCGAGCUUGUGAGGAGAAAGAGGCGGUGCUAGGAGAACUGGAGUCUGUGAAGGAGCAGUGUCGGAGUACCAGCGAGGAGCUGGACUGUGUGAGCGCAGAGUGUGAGUCGGUGAGGAAACAGUACGAGGAGGAGGAGACGAAGCUCAGAGCGGCGGAAAAUGAUCUCAGUAGUCUUGUCAGUAAGAACGAGAGUGUGCUUGUGGAGUACGAAAGUCUGGCUCAGCGGCACAGGUCGGUGGAGGGAGAGAGAGACGCACUGCUGGGCAAAGUGAGUGAGCUGGAGCAGGUGAAUGUGGAGCUGCAAGGGAAACGUGAUGAGGUGACCGCAGAUGUCGCUGAGCUCUCCUCUCAACUCCAGGCUGUUCGCAGAGAGCUGCAGUGCCUUAAGACCGACUUGGUGAGCAAAGAGGAGGAGAGUGUGCAAGUUUGUGCUGAGCGUGACGGUGUGAGAGAGAAUUUUACAGCUCUGUCCACCAAAUAUGAGAAUCUAGUCAGUGAAAGUGAUGGUUUGAGAGAGAGCGUUCAGGCUCUGGAAGAGGAGGUGUUAUCGCUCCAAAUUGGGAACGGUGCCCUAGUCAGCGAGCUGGAAUCCCAGACACUGCAGUCCGAUGCUUUGUCUUCCAGUCUGGGAAGCCAGCUACAAGACAAGAGGACUUUGCUGUCUGCUGCCUUGGAACAAUGUGUUCAGAUGUGUUCCUCGCUAGCACCAGAAGGUGAUGCCGCAUCCUUGACUACUCUAGAUGAAGGGAUGAAGCUCAUGCAUGAGAACAUUGUAGGUCUUAACCAGAGACUGGAGAAAAAGUCAUCUGAAAUUUCUUAUUUACUUUCCAAAUUGGAGUCCCUGGUCUCGGAGAAAAACUCUUUACAGUCACUGCUGCAGUCAACGACAGAACAGCUGGAAGAGACGAGUGCUCAGCUGGUGGUGUCGGGGUCUGAGGCCCUGGAUCUACAGCAGAAGUCUGAGGCUCAGAGUGAAGAGAUUGAGGAACUGGAGAGGUUGUUGGUGAGUCGAGCAGAGGAGUUGUCACAGGUCCGGGCAGGACAUGAGGAGGAGAUGAGUGGCUUACAGUUUGAGAUAGACAAGAGUCAGUCUGCGCUAGAGACCAGGGAAGGAGAGAUAUCUGUGCUGAGGGAGAGGCUGGUGUCUGCAGAGGCGACCAGCGAUGAACAGAAUGUCAAACUGGGGUCUAUGAUAGACUCACUACAGCAGGAGGUGAGAGAGAAAGAAGAAACUGUGGAUGAAUUGAAUGCGGAGAAGUUGGCUUUAGAGUCCAGGCUGAAGGAGGAAUCAGAGGCGAAGACGGAGGCCUUGGAGACUGUGUUGCAGUCGCAGUUGGCUCUGAGCAAUCUGGAGAAAGAACUCACAGAUCUGAGGUCGGACAAUGAAGAACAGGCCAAGAGCAUGCAGGAGCUACAAGAUCGUCUGGAGAGAGCAGCCAGUGAGGCCGAGGAAAAGUCUGAGGUGAUUGAGAACCUGGAGGAGGAGGUGAGGGAGCUGAAGGCCGGCCUGGCCACGUCCAGUGCAGAGACUGCGGGCUACGAGGAGGCCUUGGAGGCCGCCAACAAGAAGGUGAGCAGUCUGGAAGUGGACAACUCUCUGCUCCAGCGCUCUCUGGAAAACUUACAGACUAUGCUGGACAACUUCCAGGGGGAGAUGAAGGAGACUGUGGAGUGUCUGCAGGCUUCGGUUCACGAUAAGAAAGAAAUUAUUCUCUCUCUGGAGAAUGAAGUGGUGAAGAAGAACAAGUCAUUGGAGGAACUUGAGCAGGAAUGUUCCAGAGCGAGGGAGCAGAAUUCUCAGUUGGAAAGUGUGAUACAGACAAAAGACGGUGUCGUCACUGAGCUUCAGGCGAACCUUGAUCAGAAAUUGCAGGAGAUCGCUGAGCUGAAGGAGCGAGGGGAUAGGUUGCAGACAAGUGAGUGGGAGAAAUCUGAGAGAAUUGAAAGUCUUUUGCAGACAGUGCAGGAGUUAUCGGCCUCCCAGGAGACGCUGAGAGUGGAGAAGGAGGAGAAGCAGAGGAGUCUGGAUGACAAGCUAACCAGUUUGAGCAGCACUCAGGAGAGGGUACUGGAGUUGGAGCAGCAGUUGGCAACCGCGCAACAACAGACAGUUGACCUGACAGAGGUGCUUACCUCUGUACAGCAGCAACUGGAAGCUGCCGAGGCUGAAAGGGAGACUCUGAACCGGGUUCACCAAGAGCUCAGCCACACUUGUGAAAGUUUGCGGAUGGAACUGGAAGAGAAGAGCACGCUGGUCGUCACGCUGAAGGAGGAUUUGUUGAAGACGGACGCUGAGCUGGUGGAGAAGGUGGCGGUGCUGGAGAAAGUGGAGCGGGUGCUGCGAGAGGUGUCGGAGGAGCUGAGGAGUAAGUCGGAGGAGUGCGAGAGGGUGACGGGAGAGCUGGGCGAGGCGCACAGUUUGGUGAGAAGCCAUCAAACGCAGCUGGAGACACUGGCUCAGGAGUUGGGUGACGUCACGAAGGCCGAUCAAGAGAAGCAGGAGAGGGUGUCUGUGUUAGAGCAAGAGCUGAAGAAAAAUGGUGAAGAACUGCAGGAAAAGAGCAACGAGUGUGAAAAGUUGACAGCAGAUCUAGAAAAUACCCAGCAACUUUAUUCUUCAUUAAAGGAAGAGUCGAAGACAUUGUUUAGCAAACUGGAGUUUACCAGUGAGGACAGGGCGAAGAAGGAGGAAGUGUUAGAAAAUGUAGAACAGCUUCUGCAAGAUGUCAAAAUCGAGUUGGAGAAGAAAUCGGAAGAAUGUUCCCAAGUUCAGGCUGACUUAACCAGUGAAAGAAGUUCGUCUGAGAAUCUGUUGCAGACGGUGGAACAGCUGAAAGCAGACUACAAAGAGCUGAAAGAAGAUUUCAGAAAGAAAGAGGAUCUAUUGAAGAAAGUGGAGCAACUUUUGCAGGAGGUGAACAUGGAGCUGGAGAGUAAGUCUCAGGAGCUCAGCGACAAGACACAGCAGUUUGAGGCCCAGGAGAGGAAGUACAGCCUGCAGGUGGAAGAGCUGGAGCACAGUGUGGAGGUGAACAAGAGCGGGCUGGAGCAAGUUCAUGCCCAGCUGGAUAGUUUACGCCUGGAACUCCAAGACAGAGAGGAGGAGUGUGAGAAGUAUCGGGCAAACAUCGAGGGGAAGGACGCCGAGCUGAAUAAUCUUCAGCAGAAGUUGUUUGUUCUCUCUGAAGACCAAGACGCGUCGGAACGGCAGCGUGAAGAGUACGCCCAACGAGUUGGAGAUGUGACGAACACUUUACAGCUAAAAAACGCUGAGAUCGAGCAGCUUCAGGGAGAAGUGAGGCAGUUUGAAUCGGACGUAGCUCAAAUGAAAGAACAAAUCUCUGGGUUGGAAGAAAUGAAGGCUGGGUUAGAAUUUGAGGUAAAUAAGAAGCUGGAUACUAUCUCUGCUCUAGAAGGAGAUCUGAAGACGUCUGCUGGCAAAGUGGAGAGCCUGCAGCAAGAGUUGGGCGAUCUGCAGUCUGCCAAUGAAGCUGUCAUGGUCCAGCUGUCUGCCAGGGAGGAGAGGGUCCGGCAGAUAGAGGAGGAGCUGGGGUCAAAGGUCAGAGCUCUAGAAGAAUCGACGGGUCAGGCGGACGCAUACAAAGCGGUGAUGGAAGAACUGAGGGAUGAGCUGAGCUCUCGUAACACGGAACUCAUCCUGCUACAGGAGGAGAUAGCGUUGGUGGUGUCUGUCUGUGACUCGGCCCACUCCUCUGUGGCCACUGUGCUCAUGCAGAGAAAGUGUCUGGAAGAGGAGAAGAAACUUCUGAAGGAGGACGCCGAGGCCAAACGGUGUCUCGCUGAUGAGAGAGGUCAACAAGUGGAGGCUCUGAGCUUGGAUUUGGCGGGGAAAUCGGAAGAAAUAACUCUCUUGAAAUCACAAAUCCAAAACAACCUGGAAAGCCUCCAGGAGGUUCAACAAAUGAAAGAGACUGUGGAAGGAGAAAAAGGAUCUGUUUUGUCUAAGCUGGCUGAGGUUCAAAAGGAGAAGGAGACCUUGACAGAACGGGUUGAGCUGUUACAGUCAACUGCAACUGAAGAGCAAAGGAAAGUGACGACUUUGGAGGAAGAGAAAACUCUUGCUAUUAGUGAGAAUGCUUCUGUGAAGUCUGAAAUGGACAAGUAUAUCUCAGAACUUCAGGCUUCUUCUGAGCUCAACAACACUUUGUCUAAGGAAAUUGAAGAGUUAAAGGCAGCUAACUCUGACCUGCUGCACACUGUAGAGGUGAAGGAACAGGGUUUGUCAGAGCAACGGAAUAUAUCCAAGGUUCUGGUGGAAGAAAAGUGUGAGCUUCAGGAGCAGUGCCACGCUCUGACCUCCAGUGUCUCAAAAGCGAAUGAAGAUCUGCAGACUUUGGCAAGUGAGAAAGAGCAACUGCUGGAAGAAGUGAGAACUGCAAAGAGUUCGGUUGACGACACGAAUCAGUUGCUAACAUCCCAGCAGGAGUCAAACUCUGCAUUAGGUUCACAGGUUCAAGAACUGCAGAGGGAAGUGUCCGGACUGAAGUCACUCCUAGAUGACAGCCAUCUCAAGCUGGAGGCCCGUGAGACAAACAUAGAAUCACUGACAUCAGAGCUCGGCAUGGAAAAGGUUCGCGCUUCGGAAUUCGAGACGUCCUGUCUGUCUGCCAAGGAGGAGGUUGAGAGCCUGAGUCAGUUGAAAGCCGAUUUGGAAGCGCAAGUGAGUAAGCUCGAUUCUUUGCUUCAGGGUGUGAGGGAAGAGUUAGACGCGGUGGAGGUCAGUAGGGAACAGGUCAGGGGUCAGGCUGCCCAGUCUAACUCUUUGCUGGAGGAGGCCAACCAAAAGAUUGCUAGCUUGACCCAGAGCGUGUCAGAACUGACCACUGCUUGCGAAGACAUGGAGAAGUCAUGCCAGGAGAAAGAGGAGAAGACUGAAGCUCUGAACCAAACACUAGAAUCUCUUCAAACGGAAAUGGAAAAUCUGAGGAGCUCUCUUGAGGCAGAAAAAUCGUCUGUGUCAAAAGAACAAAGUGCGUUUUUGAAACUUCAGGAGGAGAAGGAGAUGCUUAAGGCAACACUCCAUGAACAGUUGAGUAAUGUGAGUUCCAGUCUGGAAGAGGCCUUAGCACAGAAGAAAGACCUUGAGGCACAGUUGAGCCAUGUUCAAGAGAGCAAAGAACAACUCGAUGUCCAGUGUGUAAAGCUUCAAGAGACGGUUGAAACGUUGACACAGGAAAAUGUCCAGUUGACCGUUUCUCACAAGGAGUACCAAGACGCCACAGAGAAGAUGUCAGCAGAUCUAAUGAUGGAGAUUGAAUCUGUUGAACAGCUGAAACAGAAAUCUGAGCAGGAGAAACUGGACCUGCUGCAGGAGAAGGAAGAGAGAGUGGCGUCGUUUGAGAGCAUGGUGAGCGUCCUGACGUCCCAGCUGGAGCUGAAGGAACACGAGAAGGCACACGUGACGAGUGACUUGCAGCAGGUGCAGACGUCUCUCAGGGCUUCCGUUGCCGCUCUGACCUCACAGCUUGAGGCUGUCUCUCAGGAGAAAGUCCAGCUGGAGGAAGAGAAGAGGGUCAUCUCCUCCUCCAUGCAAGAUGCCGCCGAUGUUCUUCAGUCGGAGCUCGAGAAAAUGAGUGAAGACAAAGCCAGGCUCGAGGAAGAUAAGCUGUCCACGGUGAAAGAGCUGCAGGAUCACAUGACCUCCCUGCUGGAGAAAGUGGACUCGUUGACGCAGGAAGUGUCUCGGCUGAAAGAGGAGAACGGGCAACAUGAGGAAAGACACGCUGAGUUGUCUGCCAGUUUGCAGAGUGUUCAGAGAGAAAAGUUAAGCCUGAAAGACACAGCUGCAGAGUUGACUGACAAGUUGAAAAAGUCAGAAGAUCAAGUGAAAGGUCUUCAGGAGAAUAAUGCUGAAUUAUCGGAGAAUCUGAGUUUGUCGUCAGCGAAACUGAAAAGCGUGUCUAGUCACCUGCAAGAGACGGUUGAACACCUCCAGUCAUUUAUCACAGAGCAGAGCACCAUCAUCACAGUGUUGCAGGAGGACUCUCUCAAACAGCAGGAUACAGAACAUGCCCUUCUGUCCAUCGCCGCCUCCUCAAAAAAACUGAUUCUGGACAGCCGGAAGAAAGCAGACAAUUUACAGAAAGAGCUGGAUGCCACUCAGGAAGCUAAGGCUACACUUAUGAAGGAGAGCGAGGCUCUGAGCCGGCAGCUGGAGGAAGUCUCGGAGAUGUUCCACGAGAUGUCGGAGGAGAAAACCAAGAUGGAGAAGUCGCUAGGCGAAUCUGUCACCGAGUUGUACGAAGCUUUAGACAAAACGGAGAAAGAGACUGCUGAGAAAGUGGAACAUAUCUCAGAACUGGAGACCAAACUGAGUGAAAGCCGGGAAGAGGCAGAGAGGCUACAAGAUAAGCUGAAGGAGGAAUUGCAGAUGGAGAAGGACAAAUAUAACAAUUUGAUAUCCACUCAAAAAGCAACCAUGAUGGAAAGAGAUGGUGAGGUGGACUCAUUCAGGAAGGAAUUGCUUUCUCUACAAGAGAACAACGCACUUCUGCAGGCUGAGGCACAUCGGAAAGACGAGGAAAUUCAGACAUACCAGACCAGAUACCAGACCACCAUUCUAGAGCUGCAGGCUCAGAUUCAGGCCUUUGAGCAGGAGCUGCAGGCGUCCCAGGACAGUCUGUCGGAGGCCCAGGUGCAGGAGCAAGUACAGAGCUCACACAUUUCUUCUCUGCAGUCGGAGCUGGAGGAGAAAACGAGGGAGCUUUUCCGUCUGCAGUCUGACGCCACCAGCGUGCAGCGGGAGUUGCAGGAGAAACAAGACGUGAUAGUCUCACUUGAAGAAGAGAAGUUUGCCCUUGAUCAGGUUGUCAUGGAACUAAAAGAAGAUGUAGCUACGCGGAAAACUGCUGUGUCUACGCUUGAAGAAGAAAAGGCUGCUCUCCUGAAUGAGCUUACGAGCAGUCAGACUCAGCUGGUAGAGACAAAUCAAGCACUACAGACAAGUUUAGAAAGUCACCUGGAAGAAAUAACUACCCUCAAGUCAUCAUUUGCAGAGAAAUCGGAAGAACUGUCAAUUGUCCAAGUGCAGCACAGUAUUCUCUCUCCACUCGUUGAAGAACUCAAUGAAAAAUUGUUCUCCAUGGAGACACGCUACCUUCUUCUUGAUCAGGAGCGAAGUUUACAGCAAGAUCAGCGCAAGAGGGAAGUUGAAGCUCUGCAAAGCAGACUGAAAACAUUGGAGGAAGAGGGAGAUAGGAAAACGGAAGAGCUUUCUGCAACGGCAGAGGCAGAAUCCCAGAGACUUUACCACCAGAUAUUUGAGAUGGAGGAACAGCUCGAGCAGAAGGACUCACGGCUCAGCGACCUCCAGGUGAAGUACAACGCCGUGCACGAGUCCUUCUUAGACCUCACCUCGGAACUGAAGGACUUGAAGGACCAUCUCCAGGACUACAAGAAGUCGCAGAUUGACUCGGAGAAGAUCAUCGCGUCUCUAGAGAACAAACAUCAGGAGAAGGAGCGGAGAGUCCAGGAGCUUAACUCCCAGCUCAAGUCCUCUCACCAGCAUGUGGAGGCUGUUCAGAGCGAGCUCGGGGAGUCCAUUUCUGAGAUCUCUCGAAAAGGAUCUGUCAUCAGGGAUCUUGAGACUGAGGUCGAGAGUUUGCUGAAAGCCAAGGAUUCCGCCGAUACUGAGGUUGUCUCCAUGAAGGAGUCAUGCCGAGAGCUGCAGAUGAUGGUGGAUAUUCUGAAGGAGGAGAAACAGAACAACGACAAGAUGUUGAGCCACAACCUGGAGAGAGUCAACACCGCUUUGUUUGAGGAGAGAACCAAGAACGGCAAGAUGCAGAAGGGAAUUAGAGAGCUGAAAAAUAGUCUUCAGAAAAUUAUGAAAGAAAGACAGCACGUGGAAGAAGGCCUGUCUAAGAAAGCGGAAAAUUUGCAAACUGCUGUGUCUAAGAAGAAAAAUGAGCUUGAAAGACUAGGAGCUUUCAUUGAAGAAUGCAGAACGACCCAGACAGAUGUAAAAGAUAGUUUGGAACGUUUCAGAGCUGAGGAUCAACACGUGAAGACAGAUCUAGCGAACACCAAACAGUCCAUUGAGAGGAGCAUUUCCAAUUGUAAUGACGUCACCUCCAACGUUUCCAAACUGCUAGAAGAGAUGACUUCCAACAAAUGCCUGCUGGAUGCUGCCAAGGAAGAUGUGCAUCACAUCCAAGAGGCGUCUAAACUAUGCCACGAGACUCUGUCCGAGCUGAAGGAACGUCUGAGAGCAGAGGUGGAAGAGAAGGAGCACCUGCAGCAAGCGUUCAGCGACCUGAAUGCCUCGCUCGUUUCCCUCAAGGCCCUGCUGGAUUCGUCACAAGAAGAUCUCCGUGGAGAGGUGGAGAAGCACAGAAGUCUGGCGAAGGAACUGAAGGAAAGUCUCGUGGUCCAGCAGAGAUUGCAAGGGGAAGUGAGCAACAUGCGCGAACAGCUCGCUCACACCCUGGACAUGGUGGCCAAAGCUGACGCCAAGCUCCAGGAACAAGCGUCGGUCAGUGAGCACCUGAGCUCAGAGCUGGAGGCUUUGUCCAGUCAGCAGGACGAGAGUCUGGCUCACAUGGGUAAAGAGAAGGAAGCCUUAGAGCAGGAGUGUAACAAGCUGGAAGAGCUGCUGAGUUUGGAGAAAGAGGCUACCGUCAGCUUGAGCCAGGAGUUGUCGAAGGCUGCGGAGGAGUACGGGUUCUUGAAGCAGGUGUCUGACUUCACGACCAGAGAACUCCAGGAGCUGAAGCAGGUGUCCACGGAAGAUGGGAUUGCUUUAGAAGAAACGAAAGUUCGCUUGCAUGAAUCGACCGUUGCGUAUGAGAAGCUGAGUGUGGAAAUGUCUCGAGUUCAGGAAAGCUUGACUAAAAAUAUGGACGACAGCUUUGUGCAGGUGAAAGAGAAGAGUUCGGAAGUGGCCAGUCUGCAGCAAGAGCUGACCACGAAAGAGGAGGAAGUAGGUCAUCUGAACGGCUUGCUGAAGGAGAUCCGAAUGGACUUGGACGAGAAAGUGAGUCAAAUUGAAGUGAUCACCAACCUCCACCAGACUAUGGAUGACAAGGUGGCCUCGCUGGAAGCCAGUCUCUCUGCCUUGUACAGGGAGAAAUUGUCCUUAUCGUCAGAAAUCUCUGAGUUGCAGACCCGACUUCAGAGUUUGACCACCGAAAAGUCUUCAGUUGAGACAAAUCUGAAACAUCGCAAUGCCAAUCUGGAAGAGGAGAAACAGGUAGUCUGUCAGCAGCUGGUGGAGCAGCAGUCUCACAACGCCAGCCUGAGUGAGGAGAGUGGUCAGUUGAAGAAGACUCUGGAAGAAAUGGCUGUUGAGUUAGAGAGUGAGCGCUCUCGAAGUGCCGAACUUAGCCGUGAGAAUGACUCACUUUCUGGUGCAAUUGUAGAUUUAGAGAAAUCGCUGCAGGAGCUAACAUCUCAGAAGUCGGAUCUAGAGAAAUCCUUGCAAGAGUUGAUGAAUCAGAAGUCAGAGCUUGAGAAAUCACAAGAGGAAUUAAUGAAACGAACAGAGACACUAACGUCUGCCUCGGCGUCUCAGUCUUCCGAGAGAGAAAUUCUGGAACAGAGCUUUCAGAACAUGCAAGAAAGUCUGCAGGAGUCGGAGGUCAAAUUACAGAACGAAGUGGCCAAGUCUUCCAGUCUAGAGCACCAGGUGGAGGAGCUGCAGGAAGAGUUGAGGAACCUGCUGAAGGGGAAGGAGAGAGAAGAGGAGACGAUGACCUCUCUCCAGGCACAGCUCCAGGAGGGUCAGCUAGAUCAGGCCAAGCUGAAGGAACAACUGGAGGAACUGGCUGUAGAGAAAGAGAACAUGACAGCGUGCAUGGUGGAGAUUCAGCAGAACUUGGCUCAAAAACAAGAGGAACUCCAGUCUGUCUCCUCUGCUUUUGAAAAGGCCAGAGAGGAAGGUGAAGCUCGUAAGGAUCAAGUGGCGGAGUUGCGGGAAGAAAAUAAGAGCUUGAGUGAUUCAGAGGCGGCUCUGAGAGAAAAAGUAACUUCUCUGGAAGAAGAUCUGAAUAAUGUUGCCGGUGUCUCUUCUGAGGCGAGCCAACAGCUGUUGAAUAAGUCUGGGGAAGUGGCCAUUCUGUCCAGCGAGCUGGAGACUUUGAGGCAUCAGUGUGACACUCAAUCAUCCCUUCAGGCUAGACUGGCUCACGAGAACACUGUCCUGGAGUCAAAGGUGGAAGAAUUGUUUAUCUCUUCAGACUGGAAUCAGGAGGAAGUUGACAUGCUAGUGAAAACCCUUUCCGAGUCGAUGGAAGUCUUUGAGACUUGUUUGAGCAUUCUAGAUGAGUCGAAGGCUGCGCAGGAAGAGAGUUUGGUGGCUGAUGCUGACAGUCCUGAGAAUAUCACAAGAGAGGAGGAUGGCAGUGAUCUUUUGUCUGCUGGUGAUAAUCUUGCUCAUGGUAUUGAGGUUAUUGCUUCACCAGUGGCUGUGAACCACGAGAGGGUUGGGAAUAAUGGAUUUGUGACAUCUACUCCCAAUGCUGAAUUCCGCCUGACCAAUACGUCUCACGACUUCAGGGAUGGAGAAGAUUUGUCCAGAGUUGAACUCCCGGCUCAGAAGAGAGCUGUAGCAGAUGUAAAGAAAAUGUUUGAGCAAAAGCUUCACAUGCUGAGGAAGAGUUUUGGGAACGUGGUCGGGGAGAAAACGGCCAUGGAACAGGACCAGAAGAACUUGCUGAGCCUGUUGGACGAGGCGGUGGCUCAACGUGAGGUGACGGAGACACAGCUUCAGGCCACACGGCUGUCGUGCCAGUCGCUGCAGGAGGAAGUGAUGGAGAUGAGUCGAGAGCUGAAGGAGCUGCACGAGGUCAUGGCGGAGAAAGAGGUCAGCACCGAGCUCAUCAAUGAGGUGAAGGUCACCUUUGCGAAGGAUGUGGAGGAGUUGAAGGCGUCGGUACAGUCGCUGGCAGAGGAAAAGGCCACUGAACAGAUGGAGAAAGAGAUUUUGUUGGACGUGUAUGGGGAAACAGAAGAAAAGUGCUACAGAGUGGAGUCACAACUCUCUAUUUUGAAGAGAGAUUUGGGCACAAAAAUACAUAGUCUGGAAACCAAUCUGGAGGAGGCCGUGAAAGACAGGGACAACCUGAGAUCUGAUCUGGAGUCUUCGAAAGAAUUUUUUGAGGAAGAAAUCCGUGAGUCACGGAGGCACCUGGAAGAGGUCACCUAUGCCAGAGAGGAAAGCUCCAAGAGAGUGCAGGACCUUGAAGAGUUGAAAAAGAUCUGGGAGAUGGAGCUGGAAUCUGCUCAGAGGCAGAAAGAGAAAGACGUUAAGGAGCUGCAGGUUUUGUUGGAGCAGUCGGAGAAUGAGUACCAAGCUCUGGAAAAAGAGUUCGCGACCCUGAAGGAGGAGAAGACGGCCGGUGAUGCAGAGCGUCUCCGGCUGUGUGACCAGAUUGAGUCCUCCAUCGAGAAUGCUCGGUCUGAAAUGGCCAUUCUCACGCACAGAAACGCCAGCUUAGAGUCUGAACUUGGUGCUAUGAAGCAGGAGCAAAGUGUGGAGUUUGAGGUGAAGCGGUGUAUAGAAGAGAAACUUCAGCUUUUGCUUCAAGAGAAUGAAGAGGUCAAAACAGAACUUUCUGAAUUAUCAGCACAAAAUGCUCACUUGAAAGAAGUAGUUGAAAAGAUGAAUCAGGAAAUUGAAACCCUUGAAGAGACGGUAGUGGCUAAGGAUAAAGAAAUAGAAUCUCAGAAGGGACAGAUUGUUGAGCUGGAAGAAGUACGCCUGAGUCGGGAGACCUCCUUAGCGAAUCUUGCAAGUCAGGUAGAACAUCUGCAAUACGCAGCACAUCACGUAGACAUGAAAUACUCCUCACACCCCACCCGUUUGAUUUCUGCUUCCCCCUUAGCUUCCCCUGUUCCUCUUUCUCCCACCUCUUCAUUUGAUUCCUCCCCAACCCGCUCCGUCUCAACCACAGCUGUAGAAAAUGGUGUUUUGGUGGAGGAAAUGGUACGUCCCUCACAAGCUUGCUUUCCUCAGAUGUCCAGCAGGCCAGCCGCGGCGGGGACGACAGAUUUAGAAGCCAGGGUCUUCGCCCAGAGUCUGGAGAAAGAACUGAGGACGGCGGAGUAUGGUCGAGAGGGAGAUUCUUCCUCUACAGACCCGUCUCCGCUUGUGACAGGUAGGGAGGCAGACCUACAGCGACUCUCGGCGGAGCUGGAGAGCGUCACAGCAGAGCGAACGGCUCUGGAGGCAAUGGUUUCUAAUCUGAGGACGGAGCUGGAAGGUAUGACAUCGGCAAAGCAGGAGCUGGAGAAGAGUCUAAAGAAGAAAGAGAAAGUCAUCCAAGGUUUGCACCUCAAGGCCAAGAAGUCUGCUAAACAGGCCAAACAGCAAGGCGCAGAGGAAGUGGCGGCCUCGUCUCCCGCACAGCCAGAGGAUCCCUUCCUGUCUCUGUCGUGGUCGCAGUCUGCUGAAGACCUGUCCGAUCUACCGGAGGAGGAGCGAAAAUUCCGGCAGCUUCUCAUGCAGUAUCAGUCCGUGGCCGUUGAGAAGGACACCCUGAAGGAGCUCAUCAGUGAGAAGGACGCCGAGAUCGUCCGCCUUCAGACGCGCUACUACGACGCGGAGAUCCUGUGGAACGAGAGCAGGGAGCUGCAUGAGAGGGAGAAGUCACAACUUUUAGAGAAACUAGAUAGCGAGGACAGCGCGGCCCAGGCUUUGUCCCACAACAAGCAGGUCCUGGAGGCGGAGCUACAGGUGGCCACGCAGGAGCUCAUGUCCACCUCACAGAGGCUGGAGGAGUCACAGAAGUCUGGCGUGUCCGAGGCUGACCGCGUGCUCCAGCUGGAACAGCAGCUGCACGAGGCGUCGCAGCAGGUGGUUGCUCACAAGGAGACCAUCAGCCUCCUGGAGAACCUGGUACAGGAGAGGGCAACCUUUGUGGAAUCACUUCAAGCGGAGAUUUCGACCAAGUCUGAAAUGGCAGCAUCUCUCCAGCAGCAGAUUGUUGAUGCUAAGGGCUUCUUUGAUGCAGAUCGCACCAAACUGCAGUCAGACUUGAGCAUUGUGAUGUCUGAAAACACUUCUUUGAAAGAAAAAGUGACAUUUUUAGAAGGUAUUCAGCAAGGUAGUAGUGAAAGUUCUGAAUUAUUUGAGACUCGAAUUCAAUCCCUUGAAGCUAGUGUGGAGGAAAAACAAAACCACAUAACAAGUUUGUUGCAGGAAGUGGAGGAGAGGGAUAACAAGGUCAGCGUGAUGGAAACGGUUAUGAAGGAAAUGUACGGGACUCAGGAUGAAAACAGUACGAAAAUCGGACAUUUGUCCUUGGAUUUAGACACGACCAAAAAAGACCUUGAGAAGCUUCAAGCUGAAAUGGAAGAGACUAAGAAAACACUGAAGAAGAAAGAUGCCAAAAUCGCUGCUCUCACAAAACGAAUAAGUUCUUCCACACCAAAGAAAGAGAAGCUACCAUCGCUGCCCGAGUCCCCUGUUGCCCAGGAGACGGAGAAUCCCCUGAUUGUUGUCUCACAGGAAGGGGAUCAGCCUCAGACAAGUCCGGAGUCUGCGGCCGCUCCCAUCACAGACUCCCCCAGUAUUGUGGACUCUCUGAAGGCAGAAGUGACGGGCCUCAGAAAACUGCUCAAGAAAAAAGAAGCCUCACUGUUGUCCUCGAAUAAAAAGCUGAAAGCCCUUCAGGCGGAGCAUGGCCGCAUGUCGUCUGCCCCAAGUGUAGAGUCUGUUGCCGAGGAUGUUUCGAGACUUUCGUCUUCCCUCCGUGGCGCGUCGUCUUUGUACGACAGCCGCUCCACGCUGCACAGCGAUGACGUCCAAGAGCUGAGCGACAGGCUCCGACAGAGUGAGCAGAACCGCGAGAGCUUGGAGGCCAAUGUGCGGGAGCUGGAGAUAGAACUGGAUACCUCCAAGGAAGAUAUUCAGAAACUGCGCCAUGACUUUGAGGACGUUCAGGAAGAGUUACACUUUGUCACCGGGGACAAGCGGGCCUUGGAGAACUGCGUGUUUGACAUCAAGGACAUGGUCAACUCCCAAGUCGUGGAGCAGUUUGCCGGGGAAGAUCUGCUCUACUCUACUGCCGAGUCGGUGCGACUGGUGGUGGAGGAAAAGUUCAUGGCAGAGAAACAUCUGUCAGAUGUGAGGGCAUGGCUGGCGGAGACGGAGAAGGAGAAAGAUUCGAUGGCCGCUCAACUAGAGGAGCUGAAGGAGAAGGUGAGGCAGUCUGAGAGUGACGCUGAGCCUCUUAGGAAAAAGUACGAGGAGACGUGGCAGCAACUUGAGCAGACCAUCUCCACAAAGGCAGAGUUGGAGGAACGGCUCGAGUCCAUGAAAGCUGAGGUGACCAGCUCAGGCGCUGAGAGACUGGAGAGAGAGAAAGAGUUGCAGGGCUUGGUACAGCAGUCUUCGGUGAAACUCAAGGAAUUGAUGGCGGAGCUAGAACAAGCCCGGCUCGAGAACGAGUCUCUCAAACAGAAUAUUCUGGAAGUUGAGCGGACCCAUAGUGAGAACUCAGCCCAUGACAAAGAGGCACACGAUCAGCAGAUCCAGGCUGUGCGUGAUCAACUGGCUCAGGCCCAGGAAGAGAGGCAGGUGCUGUACGGACAGCUUCAGAGCUAUGCGGAGCAGAUCACAAAUGUGCAGAGCUCUCAAGCAGCAGCUGACGAGUACAUGAACCAGAUGCAUUCCAAACUGAGGGAAACGGAGGAGUUCUAUGUGAACAAAACCGAAGAGUUGUCUUCUAAGUUGGAGAACUCUGAACGAUUUAUCUCUGCAGCAUCUGAGAAAGAGCUUGAAAUGCUGCAAAAACUCGGAGCUUUAAAAGAAAUGAAUGUGUCUUUACAGUCUAAGGUCGAAUCGACCGAGCAGGCUUUCAGAAGUCUGCAAACAUCUCAGCAGGAGAAAGAGACUGCUGCAGUCUCUCUCUCCAGUGAACUGUCAGAGGCUCAAAGUAAAGCGAGUGAGCUACGCACGAUGCUCAAGAAUAAAGAAGGCAAAUUGUCGAGCCUGUGUGAGCAGCAUGAUGAGCUGGCCGUGCAGUACGAGAGGCUGCAGAACCAGAUCCUGAAGGUGGAGUCUGACUGUCAGAGUUUGAGAGACGAGAGAGACCGUCUAGGAUCAGAGAACCAAACCCUGGCCGCUCAGCUUGAGCAAAUGAGAGGUGUGAGCUCGCAGUGGGAGGUGGAGAAUCAGACGCUGCGGGAACACAUGCAAUAUUUUCAGCAGGCGGAGCAGCAGCGAGAGCUGGAGAGCCAGAGUCUGCAGCGGUCAGCAGCCGAACAGAAAGAUGUCGUGCAGUCUAAGGAGCAGGAGAAGCUGGCUCUGGUACAGCAGCUGGAAGUGUUGGAGAUGAGGCUCCGGGAACACAAUGCUGAGAUGGACAGCGCAAAAGCUCACCGAGAGAAGCUCCAACGAGAUGAACAGUUCUACAGAGAGCGUGUGUCCAUGCUGGAAAGUGAACUGUCUCAAGAGAAACAGGCUCUUGAAACCGCUCUUGACUCAAACAGCAAAUACCAGCAGGCUGUUGUGGAUAAAGAUGACUGCAUUCAAAGACUUCAGGAGAGUUUGUCGUCACUGCAAGAUGAUGUGUCCAGCAAAGAUAAAUCUCUCUCAGACCUACAGCAGCAGGUCCAGUCACUGUCGGGUGCUGUGUCCCUGGACGACUCUCGUCAACAGAGCAUAGACAGCCUGCAGCAAGAACUGAAUAUCAAGUCACAAUCUGUGGCCUCCCUUCAGGAGCAAUAUGUUUCCUUACAAACCUCAUCGGCUGCUAGUGUCCGGGAUCUCGAAGAUGAGCUCCGAGCUUUGACAGCAACGCUAAAAGAGAAGGAAGAAUUGGUCAGUCUGGUUCCUCAGCUGCAAAAGCAGCUUGCAGAAGUGAAGGAAGAGGCAGUUUCAGAGAAUGAGAGGCAUGUCAGUGCUGUAGAUGAGUUGCGUAAAGAAAUUGUGGGUUUGCAGGCAGAGAGAGAUGCUGCAAAGUUGGCACAAGAGGGUGAGGAACAGCAGGUGUCAUGGCUGAACGCCACACUGGAGGACAGUAAGGUCAGGAUAGAAGCUCUAGAGGUGGAGGUGAGGAGGUGUGAGAACGUUAUCCACACGCAGGAGUUGGAGCUGCACUCCUUCCGCACACAGCUUACUCAGGGGAGUGAAUCUAGCACACAACAAGUGGCUGUGCUCAGCUCUUCUCUCGCAGAAGAGCAAAGAAAAAGUCACGAGUUUUCCCUUAUGAUUGAGAAACUACAAUCGGAUCUGAACCUGAAAAUUGCUGAAGUCGAAUUUAUAUCUCAAGAGAGAUCUGGACUUUCGGGUGAGGUUACGGACUUGUCGAAAAAGUUGUCUGAUGCAGACGCAAUGCUAGUCGGUGUGGGUGAGGAGAGGGAAGCGUGGAGGCUUCAGUUUGAGCAAUCUCAGUUACACGUGAGUGAACUCUCCACGCAGGUCAGGUCUUUGCAGCAAAGUUUAGAGCAGACUAAGAUGGAGAGCAAUGGUGAUAAAGACUCUGUAAGCACAACACAAGAAGUGUCGCUUUCUGCUCCUUCUGCCUUGGACAAUAACGAAGUCGUUUCGGCUCAAACUGACAAACUGUCGGCGAAGAUCACCACUUUACAGAAGAAUGUGAAGAAGCGUGAUGCAAAAAUUGUGGCCAUUUCGAAGAAGCUGGAGAAGUCUGAGGCAGAAGUCUCAAGCAUGAAGGAGAGACUGUUUCAGCUGGAGUCUGCCUCUUCCUCCUCCUCCUCCUCAGUGCCUGUGGUGGUGGAGGAGGAGAGACAAGAAUCUCAGACGACUUUCACCAGCCACUCUGCGUCUUCCUAUUUCUCCCAAACCUCCCAGGAGUUAUUCCCCGUCGCUGCCUCGUCUUUGGCAGCUAUGUCUUCCAGUGGGGACACCACUCCUUCUGUUUCCGCUACUGCUGUCCAGGACUGGCAGGUAGAGGGAACAACUCCAGCCAGUGAGGAGAAACCGCCGGUCAGUGUAAACAACGACUCAGGUUUCACAUCCGUCCUCCAGGAGUCUGAUCUGUCCACCACCGGUCAGACCUCACUGAUGGCCUCCUCUGGACAGAGUGUAGGCUCAGGCGGACAGGUGGAGGUGGAGUCUCUGCAGAUGAACGUGGAAAGCCUGCAGCAAAAGCUGGCUGCCACAGAGGUGGAGCUUCGAGAGUCUCAAGCUCGCAUUGUCUCCCUGGAGUCGGAGAGUGAGAGCCUGAGGGAGGCGUCGUCGCUCGGCGCACAACAACAUAUCUCCCAGCUAACAGCCAGUGUGGAGGAAUACUCGACACAGGCCCAGAACUACGCUGCCGUUGCCGAGCAAGCUCAGCAAGAACUGGCAGCCAAAGAGUCGGAGCUCGAGGAACUCACCGCGUCUUUCAAAGAGUUACAGACGCAGAUUGCCGGCUCUGUGGAAGCUAAGGCAGAUGUGGAGAGAGAGAUCGGUGAGCUGAGAGAGUCGGCCGGGAGGUCUGAGGAGAGGUCGAAGCAGUUGGAGAUGGAGGUUCAGUCGGAGAGAGACGGCCGGGCCUUGUCGGAGGAGAGGGUCGGGAGUUUAGAGACACAGCUUCAGAUGGAGAGGGAGGCGAAGAUCACGACAGACGCUCUGUUGGCAGAGACUCAAGGUCAAAGAGAGGCCCUGGAGGAGAAGAUCACGACGUUGUCGCAGACAUUCUCAGCGCUGGAGGUGGAGAAACAAGAGAUGUGGCUCCGGCUGGAGGCGGAGAAAGAAGAACUGAGACUCAAGAUGGAGUUGGAGAAAGAAGAGCUGAGGCUGAAGCUGGAGAGCGUCACGGCGCAGGCGGAGACAGCUGGAGGGCUGGUGGAUCAGCUGAAGGCAUCGUCCUCGGAGAAGGAGCAGGAGAUUGUCCAGCAGCUCAUGUCCCGCUCGGAGGAAGUGGUCACCCUUCAGCAGCAGCUGCAGGAGCGCCAGCAGAAGACGGAGGAGCUGACCGCUGCUCUGGACCAGGCCCGGGGCUUGGUGACCAGUCUCCAGACACAGCUACAGUCCACGGAGGAAGAUCUGUCGGGUUUGGCCUCGGUGAAAGACACCCUUCAGUCGGAGCUGUCCACAAAAAAUGCGGAACUCGAGGCCCGAACUGCUGCUCUGGAAGAGGCCAGCACUAAUAUAGGUCAUCUCCAGUCUCAGGUGCAGGCGUCGGAGGGAGAAAUGUCGGGCCUAGCGUCCGUGAAGGACACUCUUCAGUCAGAGCUUGCUGCCAAAACGACAGAGCUGCUAGAGAUGACAGCAGCUUUCGAAGAAGCGAGAAGAAACGUCACAACGUUCCAGACACAAGUGCAGUCCUCAGAGGAAGAUCUGUCUAGUUUCGCGGCCAUCAAAGACACCUUGCAGUCAGAGCUGGUUGCCAAGACGACGGAGCUGUCGGAGCUCCAGGCCUCUGUGGCAGAGGAGAGGAAGGCGUUUUCGAUACAGCAAGAGGCCUUGACCUCUGACCUGGAGAGUAUGAGGCUGCAGUGCGACCAGAUGCCCAUCCUGAAACAGAAACUGAUAGAGGAGGGAGGAGAGAGAGAGCGUCUAGAGGAGAGGGUGUCGGCACUUCAACAGCAGAGUGAAGAGCGAGUGAAUGAACUACAGGGUGAGCUGGAUCGUCUCAGGACUGAGAACAAGACGCUGUCUGAGAGCGACCAGUUAGCCAGUGGAGAUGUCGCGUCCAUUCAGGCUCAGCUCAGAGACGUGGAGGCGGAAAGGUCAAGGUUGGCCUCUCGGGUAGAAGAACUGGAAGCCUUGCAUCAGUCGUCUGCCCACAAUAUUCUGGUAAUCUCUCAGGAAAACGAGAGUCUUCAGGAACAAUUGAAAGUGGCGAGAGAAAGUUCAACAGCAGACGCUGAAUCUCAGAUGAAGGAGAGGGAGGAGUUACUGAAGGAGAAGGAGGCAGAGCUGUCCCGGCUGACUGACAGGGGGGAGGAGCUUCAUCGCAGAGUGGAAGAAGUGGAAGCUGAGCUGGCUGAGAGAAGAGCUGAGGCUGAGACCCUUGCAGCAGAGAGAGACAGUUUAACGGAGAAGACGGAGAGCCUUGACAAAACGUUGUCCCUGAAGGACCAGAAGAUCAGUUCCCUGCUAGAGAACAUGCAAGAGAUGGAGGCUCGACUGGUGCAGCUGGAAGAGCAACAGGCUGAUAUGCCUGCCGCCGCCACUACAUCGGUGGGAUCCGAACCACAGCUUCCGUCACCCGACACCACCACCACCUCUAGUGUUGUCUCAGACUCUUCUGCAGCAGAAAUAGAAUCCCUGAAAACGUCGCUGGCGGAGAGACAGAAGGCGUACGCCGACAAGGAGCUCAUGUGUAAGAAGGCUUUGGCCACGGCGAAGAAGCUCAAGUAUCAGCUGGGUCAGGCUAAUAAAGGACUGGAGGAGAGCAAGGCACAGAUCAUGGAGCUCACUGCUCAAAACGCCGCUCUCGUGGCGAAGAGCGAGGAGAGUCUGCAACAACAACAACAGCAACAUUCCAGUGGCACAGAUGCAGUAGAUUCCUCGUCUUCUUUAGUAAUCCCCGACAGUCAAGCUGCCCAGCAGAUCAUUCCAGAAACAGUGGAGACUGUGACCACAGAACCACCACCACCACAACCGCCGUCAACAUCGACUUUGUCUGCCGAGGCUGACCCCAGUCUGAACUUGUCAGCGCUGAGCUCAGCAUCCUCCGUCCCGGAAGACGUUUCCCUGGAGUUGGAGAGUCUGCGCAGCCAGCUGACCACUUUCCGAGAGUGUUGCGAGCAACUCCAAGGUCAGGUUCAGUCGCUGACCGAGGCCUCGUUCGAGCAGACGGCCGGCCUGAAGCAGAAGCAGAACGAGAUUGACCAGCUGGAGGGCGUGAAGGAGGGCCUCAAAAUGACGGUGACGGAAGUCGAGUCGGCUUACCAGAAACUUCAGGAAGAGUUUGAGAGUGCCCAGGAGGAUUUCAUCGCCACGAAAGAAUCGCUCGAGAAGAAGUGUGAGAUUCUGGAAGAGCAGUCGAGUCAGUGGAAGACGUUUAUGGACAGUUUACAGCAGGAAGUGUCGGUGAAGGAUCACCGGAUCCAGCAGCUGAGCGAGGAGAUGCAUGCCCUGAGCUCCGAGCACUCAGGUCACACCCAGAUGGUGAGUGUUGUGGAGGAGAAGAGUGAGAAGAUCUCAGAACUGAGCUCACAGCUGGCCUCGCUGCAGAGUCUGCUGAGGAAGGAAUCGGAGACUACGGAUGAGCUCAGAGCUCAGCUGAAGUCUGCGGAGGAAUCUCAUGAAGGUCUCCGAGCUAAAGUUGACGAACAGGAAAAAGCUCUGGAGCAGUCCGCGCAGUCCUUGUCCCACCUACAGGAGUUUGCUCAGGAGAAAGAAGCGGAAGGAGAGAGUCUGAGGGAAUCUCUGGUGAGGCAGAAGGCAGACAGUGAAGCCCAAGAAGGGACACUCCGGUCCCAGAUUGAGGAAAUGGACCGCCAGGUAGAGGAGUACAAGAGCAAGGUCGUGGAGGUCACUGGGGUCGCUGAGGAAUUGCGGGAGUCUCGGGACGAGGAGCGCGGAAAGUGCGAGGUUCUAGAGCAGAAACUGUCGGAACAGAGCGGCCAGGUAUUGGAGCUGACUACCAUAGUGGACACUCUGAAAGCCCAGGUGGACCAGUCGGACGUAACGGCCGGACAGCGAGAAGAGUCUGAGGAGUUGCAGUCGCUUCGAGCGGCGCUGGCAGAGUUCCAGACACAAGUGGAGGAUCAGAAAGAGUUGAUCAGCAAGCUGGAGCAGAGUGUUCGCCGAGAAGGUCGACAGGACGGGUCAGCUGAUGACGAUAGCUCGUCGAAAGACGAUGGUUCUGUCGACCGAGAGGCAUCAGAGGACUUAAGUUUGAAGCUGGCGAGUUAUCAGACGAUUGUGGAGGAGCUGAACACGGAGGUCUUGGCUCUGAAAGAGGAGAAGGAGCAACUGCUGAACGAGAUGCCGGGUGCCCAAGAGGUGAAAGCCGAUCUGGAGAAACUGGUGUCGGAGAGAGACACGCUGCGUGUGGAGAGAGAUGGUCUGAGAGAAGAGCUGGACGGUCAGCUGGAGGUGUCGGGCAAGAUGCAGGAAGUGGUCACCCAGAAACUGGGUCACGUGGAGAACCUGCAGGCGGCCUACGAGAGUCUGGAGGCGACCGUCACAUCGGUCAGUCGGGAGAAGGAGGAGCUGAUGGUCAGCGUGGACUCGCUGAAGGGAGAGAUCGAGGGUCUGGAGAUGGUCAUCACUCAGAGCCGGUUUGCUGAGUCGGAGGCUAGAACGGAACUGGGUCGCCUCAAGUCGGAGAGGGAUCAGCUGUCCGCAAAGUUUGUCGAAUCGCAGAAAGAGUUGGCGUCCGUUCAGCAACGACUGGAAGCUCUACAGUUAUCAUCAUCAUCAGCACAGUCGGCUGAUAAUUCAGAGACGGCCCUACUCCACAAAGAAGUAGAGGUGGCAGGAGGUGGAGGCUGGGCUUCACAAGUCCAAGAACAAGCCGUCGUCGAAGCCGAGUUGAUCCAACGCAUGACGGCACCUCAUCCCCUUUUGGCCAGCGGUCCAGAGCAGCCGCAGCAGCAGCAUGACCCGAAGAUGUCGCAGCAGCUGCAGGAGUCGGAGGAGAAAUUGCGGCAGCUGCGCGAGCAAUAUGAGAAGACCAAGAGCCGGCUGCAGGUCACGGAGGUCAAGUGCGAGAAGAUGCUGGUCAAGCUCAAGUCCUUCAAGGACAAGAACGACAAGCUGCAGCUCAAGGUUGACGAGCUUCAGCAGACUUUGGCCCUGCAGUCGGGCGGCUCCCCGAAGAGAGAUGGCGGCGGUGGUCUGCGCGAGGACCGGCGGCGGCUGGAAGAGCAGGUCACGGCCUUGAACGGCAAGCUGCGCGAUGUCGAGACCUACAACGGACAGCUGGUCCAUGAGAACUCGUCGCUCAAGUCACAGGUCAAAGAUCUACAGUCUCAGAAAACCGAGUCGGCUCAUGUAGAAAGUGUUCAGUCGGCUCUUGCACAGGUUCAGGCAGAGCUCCAGGCUAAGAAUGCUGAGCUGGAAGCAGCGAGUAGCCUCUCAACAGACCUCCAGAGGGCACUAGAGACCCAGAGGUCAGAGGUGAAGGCCAAAUCCGAGGAGCUGAUUGCCAUGUCCAAGGAAGUGGAAGAUCUGCGUCAGGAGGCGGGUGAGAGGUCGAGAACGGAGAGUGAAGAGGUGUCCCGGCUCAACGCGAAGAUUUUCGAGCUUCAUCAAGUGCUGCAGGAGAAGUCACAGGAAGUGGUGGAAGAGGAACAGCGUCUGAUGGAGGGUGCAGAGGUCAAGGCCAAUCUCACGGCGAGGGUCGAGCAGUUGGAGUUGGAGAAGGAGCAAAUGCGAGUGGACGCUCAAACCACGCUGAACUCUGAGCUGGGCCGGCUGAGAGAAGAGAUGAGCCGAGAAGCUCUCUCUCUGCAGCAGCAGCUGGUCUCGAAGAACGAGGAAGUGGCUGCUUUAGUCGCCGAGAAGGACGCCAGUGUGCUGAGCUCGAAACUUUUGGAGGGAGAGCUGGACGGAUUGAGGCAGGAGGUUGUUCGUCUUCAGGGCAUCGUGGUUGAGUCAGAGGGGAAGGUCGCUCAUUCAGAGAAGGAAACGGCUGAUCUGAACGCGAGACUCUCGGAGGAGCAGGCAAGAGUGCAGCAGUUGACGCAGGAAGUGGAGGCGGUGGCGGCACACUCGUCAGAGAUCAGCUCUCUGCGUGACCAGCUGAGCACCAUGCAGUCUCAGUACGAGGCCCUGGCCAGCGACAACGCUGACUACCAAAGCCUGGCCACCACACUGACCACGGCAAAUGCGGCCAUGAAGAAGGAAGUGGAGGAGUUGAGGUUCAAACUGAAGAAGCUCGGGGAAGGGGCGAAAGAGUCUGUGGGCUCGAAGGAGUCGGGUGCGUCGGGGCGUGAGCUGAAGGAGCUACAGGAGAAGCUCGAGGAGGUGGAGCAGGAGAGGGACGAGCUGACCGAGGAGUUUGAGGGCGUGCGAGACGAGCUGGUCUCGCUGAGACGAGAGAAGAGUGCGCUGAACCAGCAGGUCAACGACCUCACUGCCACCACGCAGCAGCUCACCACCAAGAUUUCUCUGUUGGAGCAGCACAGGGUCUCUGAGGGAGUGGACGAGGAGGUUCCUCUGAGGAGGUCGGGCUCCAGUUCUGGUCAAGAUGCGUCGGUUCUGCAGGAUCAGCUGACGGCGAUGGAGCGGAAAUUGUCGGAGCUUCAGGAGCAGCUGUCGGAGUCUCUGCGGGAGAACCAGCGUCUGAAGAACGAGGUGGACGGCCUUCAAUGGAAGCUGGAGGAGACCACGGGCCUGGAGCAGGAGGUGGAAGAUCUGCAGGCCGAGCUCUCCUCCGCCUCCAUGGAGAAGAAGAUUCUGAGUCACGACCUGGAGGAGGCUCGCGGGGAGAUGUCGGCGCUGCAGACGGACAAACAUCUGCUCAUGAAGGAGGUGGAGAGACUUGGGGACCUGUUGGAACAAAGACCUCAGAACGUCGCCGGCGCUGACUCGAAGACUGCUUCGGAUGCAGCCGUUCCGCCCCCGAGCAGUAGCGAUUUCUCCCAGCAGCUGUCGGCCAAAGACGCAGAGAUCAGCGACUUGCUGUACAGUCUGGAGGAGAAAGAACGAGAUUUGUCGGAGACUCGCCAAGAGCUGGACAGCCGGGCAGUGAUCAUCAACACCAAGGACGGGGAGAUCCAGGAGAUGAGCGGCGAGGUGGAGCUACUUCUGGCACGGGUGCAGACGGUGGACGAGCUCGAGAUACGCUUGGCGACCUCUGCCGAGGAGCUGGAGAUGAGCCGCACGGAGAACCAAGUCCUGCAGACCAAGCUGGACAACUUCCACGUCAAGCUGGACACGGUGCGCUCGCUGGAGGCGGACUUUGAGUCGCUCAACGCAGAGUUCAGCAAGGUGCUGGAGGAGAAGAGCGAGAUGGCCCGGCAGAUCGAGGAACUCCACGCGCGGGUCAGGGAGCUCUCGGCCCGAGAACACGAGAUCACCUACAGCGUGGAGCAGCAGCAUCACGUGAUGAGAGAGAAGGAGACACUACAGAGGAGAGUGGAGGAGCUGGAGGGGUCAGAGGGGUCAACGAUGGAGGAGAAGGCCAGACUCCGACAGGAGCUAGACAGGGUGUCAGCGGCCCUCCAGCAGUCUGAGUUUGACAACGAGUCCUUGACCUCACAGCUACAGGUGGCCCGCGCCGAGGCUUCAGGUGGGCCAGGAGCCACGUUCCAAGAGGAGUACCGCCGCGUACAAGCUCAGGUGUCUGAGGUCCUGGAGCAGAAGAACUCAGCCAACGCUCAGCUCAGUCAGGCCCUGCACAGCCUACAACAGAGGGAGGCUCGUUGUCAGCAGUUGGCUCUACAGGUGAGCCAGCUGGCAGAGGACCGAGGUUACCUGAACACUCAGCUGUCCAACCUGUCCAAGUCUCUGAGGGAGAAGGAGCAGGAGUGGUUGGCCAUACGACAGCAGUACGCCGGGGUGUACCAGGCCUACAUCACACUGCAGGCUAAGAAUGCGGAGCUGGAGCGUCGCAUCGCCCUGGACUCUGUGCAAAAGGAACUGGACGAGGAAGAGACAGCAGCCGAGGCGGACCAAGUGAGGACACACUCGGACCAGACAGAAUCACGACUUUCGGAGCUGGAGAGCUCUCACACCACUCUCCAGGAGACACACGCGGCCGUGAGCCAGACCCUGGAGAGGGAGAGGGCUCUGAGAGAGCAGCUGGAGAGAGAGCUGGGAGAGGCACAGGAGCAGAUCAAACUGUUGGCCGCUGGUCGCUCCAUCGCCAGAGAGGUUCACAUCCAGUUGGAGGACGAUGAUUCUCGAAUCCGGGAGACCACGACCAUGCUGACUCGCCACGGCCUGGGCUACUGCAGCAGACUACAGAGCUGGAUCAGGGUGAAAAACCGACAGCUCAACAGAAUGAUGAGGAUGCGGCCGGGACUGCGCACCUUGAUAUGGAUCUACUUUGCCUUCAUCCACCUGAUGCUGUUCGCCUGCUUUGGCGGGUUCUUGUGACCCCCGUGAGAUGGGGGGAGGGGGAGCGUCAUGUCGGGAGGGGAGGGGAGGGAAGUAGAGUGCCAUUUGACUUAAUCACUGCCUUCAGGGAUCACUGCGCAAACUGACACGUGUUACAUAUUUUGUCAUCCAAUAUUCGAGUAAAAUAACCAUUGGCUGUGAAGUAGGGUGUGACAAAAUAGCGGUGAGUUAACGAAUGAACGCUUCAUCAAAGAGGCAAGGAGACAAAGCGCUCCUGUCCAGGGUCCUUCACUUCCAUUGUUGUACCACUGCUAUUGCUAACUUUGUUUCGGAUGUGCCACUUUCGCUGUGAUGUAACCAAAGUGACGGCUUCAUCAUGUUUUUAUAGAUUUUAAAAAAUGCCUCCUAUGGAGAACAGCAGCAGAGACUUCUGUUCCCCGGUUGCCUCCUCUUUUGUCACUCUUAGUGCUGAGGAGACUGCGGGUAGCAGUGAAUCUCGAGGUGAAAGUGUCCCAUCAGGGAACUGUUACACCAUGACCUCAAAGAAUUUUUUUAACCAGACACUCACGUUUUUUACAAUCCUUUCUCUACACCGUCUCUCUUUAGAGAGUGACUGAUAUGGGAGGUGUCUUACAACCACAAAGAGGGAACUUUUUUUGCAACUGUUUGAAUGACAGAGGUUUUCCUCUUGGCAGUUAGGUCUACUGUUUGAAGAAAUUAAAAAAAAACCCUAAAGGCGAAGGAAAUCGGACAGAUCUGUUGUUGCUCUAGUAAAAUGACUAGAGUUCUAGCAGCUGUGUGUGGUUCCUGCCUACGCCAUGUACAUAUCUCACAGCCUGAGAGCUGAUGUUGUGAUUGUCUGUUUGCGGGUGAGAGAGAGAGAGAGAGAGAGAGAGAGAGAGAGAGAAGUUAAGAGAGAUAUGCGGAGAGUGAGAGAGAAGUGAAGAUAGAGAGAAAAAUGGAGAAAGUGAGUCUGAGAGGGAGAAGUGGAGAGAGACACUAGGAGACAUGGAGAGAGAGGUAGAUGGAUAGAGAGUAAAAGGGAUAAGUAGAUAGAUGUAGAUUGGUUAGGAAGGAGUAUUGGGUGCUGAAGGGCACAGUGUUCACGACCAUGAUGAAAGUUGAGUGAAAGUGAAUUUAACUUAUAUUAUAACUUCUGAAUGUUGUUGUCUUUAAUGAUUUGGCGAAUUGACAACAACUUAUGUCUCUUUGUUGUAUUACGUGUGUUAAUGAGAUAGAUAUAGUGGAAGCACUUGCUUAUUUAUGAAAGCCAAAAGUGAAUGUCAUAAGGUAGAGGGGAGAGGGAAACUUGAUGUUUGAACUGACCAAUUUCAUGUAUGUGUACGGAUAUUUGUACGACAGCAUUAAUAUUGAAUGCUGUUAACUCAUGAAAUGAUUUGGAAUGAUGUGUCUUUUAGUUUUGCGCUUGUGGUGUGGGCGACUGGUAAACUGUUCAUUUCUAUAUUAAAUCUGCCUGUUUUCUGAUUGUCAUUGUAGGCUAUAUAAAGUUGAUGUAUCCAUGAAUUUCCUUUUGGAGCAUGGAGCUGCUGAAAAUCAAAUGAUUUUUGCGCAUAAUUUUUUAACUGUUGUAUUGUAAAGAUAUUUGGGUUUUUUGCUUGAGGUAUGAGAAGAUGCGAGUGAAUGAUUGGUAGGUUCUAAAAGGUAAAUAGUUGGCGAGACAGGCUGCACGGCUCGCAGUUACGUCUCUGUGUCACUUUGUGGUGGAUUGUCGUGAUAUUCUUCUAUUGAUGUCAUGUUGGAAUCUUUUGAUCUGCACAUUUUUGUCUGUGAAGGGAAUUGUAUCAAUUCAUUGUUUUACCUGAAGGGUAUUUAUCGACUUAGUUCUGGUUUGUGGUGGCACCUCAUAAUAUAUCGUGUUCUUACGUGUGUCAGUGAUAGUGAUACUGGUAUGUUGAGUUCACUUCGAGUUAAAUAUUGAGUUGAUUAUCGAGAUUAUAUGAUCAGCAGGCCAGGGUAGAAUUCUGUGAGCUGAUCUUGUCCCGAUAGCUUUUUGUUUUUAUUUUGUAAAAACAAAUUUAGUGAAUAUUUGUAAAGAUUGCCCCUUCAACAUUUUUUGGUGGGUUCUUUUGAUAUUUAAUUUUGUUUUUUUUGCUUAUGUUUUUAUUUGUAUGUAACGCUGCGCAUAUUCAUUAUUUGUGCUCUUGUGAUUGUGGCAGCCUCUGUACUGUGUGGAGAUUGGUGUAGCUUUGCAAUCUGUGAUGUCCUGGCUGAUUUAUCGAGUUUAUUUUCUCAAAAACUAAUUUAUUAUUUCACAUUCCAUCUGAAUUUUUUUUUAGUUCCUCCGACUUCAUUUUGUGUUUCUGCUCCAUAUUUAUUUGCUAGGAUCAGGGUUUUGUUUUAUUUUUACUUAAUUUGUGACUGGCUCUCGUAUGGGUGUGUGGUGAGUCUGUUCGGUUGUUAGGUCCAUGGUAUGACUUGAGAACCAGUGUCUGUGAGCAUCAUCAUUUCUUUUUCUCAUCUUCGAAAUGUGCUAUGAAAGAGACCAGAAAAAAGUGACCAAACUUGGAAGUUGCAUAAAACACUGCUCAGGAAAUAGGAUUUGGUCAUUCUUUUGAUCAUGAUCUUUUAAAAAAAAUCCUCCCUUUAUGAUGAUGCCGUCUUGACCAGUUUACUGUGUUUGCAUGAGAUCGUUCUGUGUAACUCUUAACUGCAUGUCUAGUUGUUGUGUCCUUUUUUAAAUAUAAAAAAACAACCUUGUUAGAGGGACUGGUGUGUUGUGGUUGUGAAGCUUAUUUUGAGUCGAUUUCAUGCUUUGUUUGGUGACUUUGCUUUGAUUGUCCAGUUCCUCGCUGACCAAAGCUCCGCCACAAGAUGUGACCAAACUGUUGAUCUGUCGGUUCAGUUGAUGCUACCUACCAGUUGCCAUGUUGCGGCUUUCAUGUAAAAAGAAAUAUUUUAGAAAACUAUUGUACAUAUGUUGUCAUCAUCCAAAGGGAAUGUUUAUUUGCGGUUGUUGAUAUGCAUAAAAUAAAAAAAGAUUUAUUGAUUAUAAAA